AUUUGUUGACGGUGGUGUUGGGCACUUCCGGUUUAGCAGAAAACGUUAUGGAAAACUAUGAAACUUGCGUUACUUUCGAUAGUGUUAGUAAUUUUACAUAAAUUACAAGCCAGAUUAUAUUAUUUUAAAGGUGACAUAGAUCCAUAUGAUAAAGAAUAUGGAUAUUUCUCAGAAAAAGAUCGUCUUGAAACACUGGAUUCAGUUCGAAAAACUUUCACAUUUGGGUAUGACAGUUACAUGAAAUAUGCUUAUCCCUCAGACGAACUCAAUCCGAUUUUCUGUGAAGGGAGAGGCCCAGACUAUGAGGACCCGUCCAACAUUAAUAUCAAUGAUGUUUUGGGAGACUACAUGCUGACGUUGGUGGAUACUUUAGACACUCUGGCCAUAAUGGGAAAUGUAACCGAGUUUAAAAGAGCUGUCCAGCUGGUUAUAGAUAACUUGUCCUUUGACAAGCCAUCAACUGUACAAGUGUUUGAAGUCACCAUCAGAAUCAUUGGGUCUCUGCUGUCCACUCACCUCAUUAUCACGGACCAGGAGCAGCCCUUUGGAGACCUGAAACCUACAGAUUACAAUAAUGAGCUUCUCAUGUUGGCCAAUGACAUUGCAUCUCGAUUGUUGCCAGCUUUUGAGAACACAGCUACAGGAAUACCAUUUCCCAGGGUCAAACUAGAUCAGGGUGUACCUGAGGACUGUAUCAAUGAGACGUGUACAUCAGGGGCCGGGUCUCUGGUGAUGGAAUUUGGUGUCCUCUCCCGCCUUACUGGGGACCCUAUUUAUGAAUCCUAUGCAAGAAGAGCUGUUAAGCGACUCUGGGAGUACCGCUCUAACAUAACAGGCUUAUUAGGGAAUGUGAUAAAUAUCCAGACUGGUCAAUGGAAAGGCCAGAUGAGUGGACUGGGGGCGGGGCUGGACUCUUUUUAUGAAUAUCUGCUCAAGACAUACAUACUCUUUGGUGAAAAUGAAGACUACAAAAUGUUUAAAGAGAUGUACGACUCUAUAAAAUUUCAUAUGAGAAGAGGGAGGUUAAAAUGUAACAAAGGGGAUGGGAACCCUCCUAUUUAUGUUAAUGUUAAUAUGAAGACUGGUGAAACGGUCAACCAUUGGGUCGAUUCUCUCCAGGCAGCAUGGACAGCUGUUCAGGUGCUGAAUGGUGAUAUUGACGAGGCAAUAUGUUCACACGCCCUCUACUAUUCCAUCUGGAAGAAGUACGGUGUAUUACCGGAGAGAUACAACUGGUACCUCCGGGUCCCCGAGGUCACCUUCUACCCCCUGAGGCCAGAACUGAUUGAGUCCACAUACUUCCUCUAUCAGGCGACCAAAAACCCAUUCUAUCUCCACGUAGGGCGGGACAUAUUGAACAAUCUGAACAACUACACUCAUGCAGAAUGUGGUUAUGCAACAAUACAUGAUGUAAAUGAUAAAACUAAAGAGGAUCGCAUGGAGAGCUUCUUUCUGAGUGAGACCUGUAAAUACCUGUAUUUGUUGUUUGACAAGGACAACCAUCUAAAUAAAGCGGAGUCUAGGUAUGUGUUUAACACGGAGGGCCACGUUUUCCCGAUCGAUGACCGCUUCAGGAGGAAGCCAUGGGAAACAGAGGGGGCUGAGUCUGAGGCCCCUAGUACCGUCCUCAGUGUGGUCAAUGUCAAAAAGAACUCCACCUUCUCUAAUUGUGAAACGGUGUCAGACGAGCAGAAGUUCUUUAUGCCAAUGAAGAGUCCAUAUUAUCAACAGAUGAAAAGUGCUGUAGGAAUAGGGGACUGAUCCAACUCAAUGAAGCAGCAAUCAAAAUAUGUGCCUGGAUGUAUCAACACAGUGCUUUCAGUGAUACACGUGUAUGAAUGCAUUAUUUUCUGUGAUACACACAUGUAUAAAUACACACAUGUAUAAAUAUUUGUCUUUCCAUCAGUGUGGAUAUCCGCUCGCACCAAGCCAAAAGAGAAAUCCUUCAUUUGUCAGACCUCUGAGGUUGUUUACAAUGGUUGUAGUCUGGGGGGUUUUACCAUAUGUUUAUAUUAAUUUGUUAUAUUUUAUCAAUAUUUCAUGUGUAUUUGCUGGUUCAUCUCACAGACACUUCUUGUUCGAUUGUUACAACAUUUAGAAUCAUUAAUUGUAAAGUACAAUGUAUCUUUAUUUGCGAGCAAGAAAUAUUUAACACAUUCACAAGUUAAGUUUAGCUCUAGAUUUUUUACAAACCACUACAUAUGAAUAAAAAAUCAUAUAAAAUGUGAAAUGUUAUGAAGGGCAAAAAUCUUUUGUUGUAGACCACUUUGUUGAUUUGCAAAAUAAGCUAGAUAGUUAAACAAAAAGAAAAAUUGAUUCAUAUUCCUCUUAUCAAAUCUUGCAUCUUAAAUGAAAAUCACUUCCUUUAAUAAUUGCAUUAUAUAUAUUUUGAAAAUUUUAAACUGAGAAAGUAAAUAGUGUUUUUUCACAUUUUGUUAUUUUCUUCUGCUUGAAUUUUAAUACUGAAAGUGGUAACUUUUAAUAAGGCCCUUAUUAUUGAAUUUGCUGCAGUUGCCAACAUCUUUUUUCAUCAGAUCUUGAUUUUUAUUAUGUAGCCUUCAGUUACAUUUAUGCAGUUGAAUUCUUUGUGUAUGUGUGCUGCAAGCUGUCAAUUAUAUAUACAUGUAUAUGCAGAUAUUGGCCAAAACUACCUUGUCAACAAAGCCAAAAUGUUUUAUCCAUCUUUCUAUGAAUCUGUUCGUCAGGUUAUGGUGUUCAAGUGAAUGUUGAUUUGUAUGAUACAAGUAAUGAAGAUCUUUUCCCCAGCCAAUCUAGUCCAUAUUAUUUGGUGUUAACUUGUACAUUCCGCUCACCAGUCAGGGCUGUAACAUCAGGGCUCUCACCGUCAGGGCUGUGACAUCAGAGCUGUCACCGUCAGGGCUGUGACAUCAGGGCUCUCUUUGACUCUGGUUUGUUAUGCCAGGGAUUGAUGAUUUUUUUUAUUAAAUAGUUUUUUUUCUGUGGCAUUUAGAAGAAGAAAAUAUAGGUGAGCCUGACCUCAGGGAAGCCUACUUAGUUUGUUAUGCAAGAAAUAUUUGUGAAUCAAAUAUUCUAGCAUUCUGUUAACAUUCAACAAAGGAAAAGAGAUGUGCAUUACGAUGCACGUUACAAAAUAAUGGGCAUUACAGUAAGCAUAUAGACUGCUGUAAGUGUGUUGAGAUGUUUCAAAAUUGAUAUUCUUCUUGGUAUUUAAAAGCUUCUUUUUUUUGGGGGGGGGGGGGGGGUGGUGGGGGACUUAAAACAAUUUAUGGACAGUUCUUUUAUUUAUAAAGCCAAUAUCCCUUCUCAGUAUAGGAGAAUUUUUUUUUUUUAUCCCAGAUCUACUUUGAAAAGUUGGCAAUGUAUUCUGUGGUUAAUGAAUUUGAUAUUAGAUAAUAAAUGAUUUUCAAAAUUAGCAUAAAAUUUGCAACCAUGGAAAAGAAGUUGUUAUACUUUGUAUUUGUACAAGGCAUAUUACUAUUAUGAAAAGUUAAAUUACACAGUACUUUGUAAAGAUGCAAUACAUUAUUUUAUGAUUAGCUCUGAUCCAUUACACUCCAUUCUUUGUACAUUAACAAAAUCUCUGUCAUUUUAUCACUCGGGUUUUAUUACUUGGUUUCUAAGUCUUCCACAGAAUGUAACAAAAAUCAACAAUGGACAAUUUUCAAUCAAAUUGCAUGAUACAGCAAUUAUGUGAUGUACUGAUAUUUCGCAUUCUGUAUUUUGUGGGGAUUUUUAAAUGUUCCUUGUUAUUCAUCAAUAAAUUAAAAUGAAAACAAAA